AUGAUAAUACGGCACAUAAUAUUAAUGCAAAUGUUGCUCUUGCUAGGCUUUGCCAGUGAGCUCAUUCAAGCAGCUGACGAAGAAACUGAUGAAGAAGAAUAUGUGCGAGUGUUGGUGGGAUUCCAUGACCGUGAUCAAGAAAAGGAAUACGUUCGUAGACAACGCAUGCGGCCCAGAACGGGCAAACCGCAGGCCAAUGUCAACUAUGAAUUCAAACAGACUGAAGCCUUAGCCAUGCAAGUCACUCGUGCGGAACUGGAGGAGAUGAGACGAGAUUCCAAACAAUUCAGUUAUGUGGAAGAAGAUAUUUUGGUUCCUGUUGCGGCUGCUGGCGGUGUUGGUGGUGCUUCCAAUCCUGUUAAUAGCACCAUCUUAGACAAAGAAGCACAGCGCCAGCUGCUUGAAUUUAGGAGCUACGGCAUAGAAUUGACUCAAGCUCAUAGAACGAUUAAUCCAGAUCCCGACUGGGAUCAAGAGUGCGGAGUCUACCUUUGUGUGAUCGAUUCUGGUGUCUUUCUCAACAAUGCGGAUAUUCCGUAUUCCAGAGGCGAUGGCUAUGUGGAAGGCAAAACCUUUGGUAAUGCAGAGGGACAAGAAUGGUUCAAUCCUCGAGGAACCGAUCAUGGAACCCAAGUUGCGGGCAUCAUGAUUGCACAAGGUGGAAACGACCAAGGUAUUAGGGGAGUCAUCCCGAUGGGACCCCGACGAAGUAAUGUUUGUUUGAAGAUUGCCAAGGUGGUUCCAGAUGGAGAAGGGAGUGCACUCAUUUCGUCCUUGCUUCAAGCUUCAGAAUGGUGCGCCGAAGCAGCUGGUGACAAACCGCUGGUGAUCAAUUUAUCGUUUGCUGUGGAUUUUGAAACGUCGCCGGAAAAGGCCAUCUACCAAAGACUCUACGAUCAAGGCGCUUUGAUUGUGGCGGCUGCUGGGAAUCUCGGCGGUACGACAUACAUGUAUCCCGCGGCCCACGAUUCGGUGAUGAGUGUCGCUAGUCUCAAUGCUUUGUCCCAACGAUCUGACUUUUCGCAACGAAAUGACCAGGUUGAAAUUGCAGCUCCUGGAGAACAGAUUCAAACCCUGAAGGCAGAGUCCAAUGAAAUAUUAAUGUCGAGUGGGACUUCCCUGGCCAGUCCUUUUGUGGCAGGACUGGCGGCCCGCAUUUGGACGGCUGCACCUCGUUGCAGUAACAAGGAGGUGCGACAAGCCUUGCGGGAUACCGCACGUCGAUUGGGCGAUGGAGUGCCGAAUCGCAAUUUUGGAUAUGGAUUGAUACGAGCACGAGAUGCUCAUGAUGUAUUGGUAACCUCCGGUUGCAACACCAAAGCCCCUACAAAAGCACCCACCAAAUCUCCCACGGCACCACCCACUCCACCGCCCACUAAAGCACCCACCAAAGAACCAACCCCGGCGCCAACCGCGCUGCCUUCGGUCGGUCCCACUGCGAUGCCUUCUCAAUUUCCAACCGCGACGCCAUCUUCACUACCUUCAGCCGGUCCCAGUUCAGUGCCUUCACAAAUUCCAACCAGAAGUUGUAGGGAUCAUUUGCAGUCCUGCUUUAGCGAUGCAGAAUGUUGCACUGGGUUCCGGUGUACACGAAGUCUGAGAGAGAAAAUGGACAAUUCCUUGUUGUGCCGUCGGGAACUGCCCAUGGAAAGUCGGCCACGAUUGGCCUCCUUGGAUGGUAAUGUUUGUCGUGGGGGAUUUGGUGGUGGUUGCAAUACAUAG